GCGUGCGCACGUUGGGCCGCCCUCGCGCCCUCCCGCGGCAGCGGCGGCGGCGGCGGCGGCGGCGGCUCUUGAGGGAGUCAGCGACGGGCGCGCGGAGGCGAGCUACAGAUCGACGGCAAAGCGGACCCGCGACUGGACCAGAGGAGUAAGAGCAGCAAGAAUCACACUCGGCAACGAUGUCAGUGGAACUGGAGACCUCAGAGGGGGUGGAUGAGUCAGAGAAAAAGAGCUCAAGGACCCCAGAAAGAGAAAACCAUACCAGAAUGGCUGACCUCUCCGAGCUUCUGAAAGAAGGGACCAAGGAAGCACAUGACCGAGCAGAAAACACCCAGUUUGUCAAGGACUUCUUAAAAGGCAACAUCAGGAAGGAGCUGUUUAAGCUGGCCACUACUGCACUUUACUUCACAUACUCAGCCCUCGAGGAGGAAAUGGAUAGCAACAAGGACCACCCAGCCUUCGCCCCCUUGUACUUCCCCAUGGAGCUGCAUCGGAAGGAGGCGCUGACCAAGGACAUGGAGUAUUUCUUUGGUGAGGACUGGGAGAAGCAAGUGAAGUGCUCUGAGGCCACCCGAAAAUAUGUGGAACGGAUCCACUAUGUGGGGCAGCACGAGCCUGAGUUGCUGGUGGCCCAUGCCUACACUCGUUACAUGGGGGACCUCUCAGGGGGCCAAGUGCUUAAGAAGGUGGCCCAGCGGGCCCUGAAACUCCCCAGCACAGGGGAAGGGACCCAGUUCUACCUGUUUGAGAACGUGGACAACGCGCAGCAGUUCAAGCAGUUCUACCGGGCCAGGAUGAACGCCCUGGACUUGAACCCAAAGACCAAAGAGAAGAUCGUGGAGGAGGCCAACAAGGCCUUCGAAUACAACAUGCAGAUAUUCAAUGAACUGGACCAGGCUGGCACCUUGCUGGCCAAAGAAAUCCUGGAGGAUGGGCUCCCUGUGCACAAUGGGAAAGGAGAUGUGCACCAGUGCCCCUACUACGCUGCUAAACAAGACAAAGGUGCCCUGGAGGGCAGCAUCUGCCCCUUCCGAACAGCCCUGGCUAUGCUGAGCAAGCCCAGCUUCCAGUUCAUUCUGGCCACCAGUGUGGCCCUGGCUGCUGGCCUCUUGGCCUGGUACUACAUGUGAAGGACUCAUCACACCACAUUGGCGCUCUCCUCCCCAGUGACUGCUGGCCCACCCCCACCUCUACCCAUGAUGAAACCAACACCUCAGGUGACUUUUUCUUAAUGCUGGGUUUGAGAAAACAAGAAACCAAUAAAAGCCAGACGCUAAAGCUUCUGCCUGUUAGCAUCCUCUACGGGCAAGAUGCUGAGCGGGGUGGCUACCCCUCCCUGCAGCCCCCACCAGCCUGGGAGCACCCCUGCAGCUUAGCCCACCAGCCUGGGCCUGUGGAACCAGCUCCAGCUCUGCCCACAUCUCUCUCACCUUGAGGCUCAUUCUCUUCAUUCUUCUUGUUGUGUCAGCACUUAGAUGGAUAUCUUUUCCUUGCUGGGCGUGGAGUGGCCAGCAAGGCCAGGCUGCCGUAAUUCUGGGAAGGAAGAGCCCUCCCCAGAUGCCCCUGCUCUACUUUGGGGCUUCUCCUAGGGGCGGGGGGACAGAAGCCAAGCUGGCACCCUGCCUCUGAAGCCCAGGAAGCUCUGUCCUGGCCAGGUAGUCCUCAUCCCCCUCUAGCAGAAACCUGUGAGAGGGGUGUGUCCAGCCAUGGUCUAUAUCCUCUGACCUGUGUUAAUGCUCCAGCAGUCAAAGUGGACACUGACAGCUGCCUCCCUUCUUCCUGGCAUGGAUGUCAUCCUUCUCACUAGUCCCUGACAGACCCUUCCUGCUGUUCCUAUGCUCCCAACACUGCAAGUUACUUCACAAAUAAGGAUAAAAAACCAUGUACUUGUAUUAUAUAAUAAUUCAUUGUCUAAAAUAGAAGUGUGAACUUAAAUAUUUUUAUUAAUAGGAAUCUAUUAAUGUUUCACAUGUUAA